CUCUCGCCUCAUUCGCGCUCCGGCACUCGAGCGAGCUGGUUGUCGCACCUGGCCGCUCCCCGCGAGACUCGGUUGUGUUCAAGAAGAGAGACAAGAUUUAUUUUUAAUCUAUUGGAGAGUCGCUCUUUACCGUUCGUUCUCUUGAAUUCACGCUUGCGGGAAGACGACGGCGAUGUGGGUGAACGCCAAAGGGGCAGUGUUGGUGGCGGUCGUGGCGGCGCUGUGCCAAGCUCGGGAGGCCUCUCCUCGUCACUCCUCCGAAGGGGACGAGAGGAGGAUCGGGUCUUCUUCUUCCUCUUCUUCCUCGGAAUCGACCGCUCCUGAGAUCACCCUCGACUCGGCGUCUAUGUUCGGCGUCUCGAACUUGGCCAAGCUCAUCUCCAGCGCCCUCAAGGACAAGGAAGCGGCCAGCGACAAAGACAGUGGAAGUUCCGGAGAGGCCGUCCACGAAACGACCUCCUCCUUCUUCUCUAGUUCGUUCCCCGCCGCUCCUUCGACUCCCUCCUCCUCCCCUUCGGCCUCCUCCUCCCCCUCGACCUCCUCCUCUCCCUCGACGACCGAGAGGGACUCCACGCCGGUCCUAGGAGACUCACUCUCGGCCGAGGAAGAAAGGGGCGUGACGGAGAAGGACGAGGACACGACGGACCCAACCAAGAGCCUGCAGGACCUCCUGAUGGCCCUCGCAAACAACCAGAAGAAGGGAGAGGGAGACGGAGAAGGAGAGGAAGAGGAAGACAAGAAUAAGACGACGGGCGUGAAAUUCGUUCCGGCAACAGCUGGCCAGUUCGGCGAACUAGGCACGGGGUCCAAGCUGAUGGAGUACCUGCCUGACCUCUCACAAUACAGCAUCGAGACCAGCAACUCAACCGCAUCGGCGACGAGUCCAUGCGCAUCCUGAGCGACCUCGCCCAGGGACACUUCGAGCGGCGCCGGGGCUCUGCUCACCCCCCCGCGCCCCAGCAGACCUUCCGCCGUCGCCAGCAGCAGACGUAUGGCGGGGAGCACCAGCAGGAGCCUCAGCAGGAGCAGCAGUAUCAGUACGCCCCUCAGCCCAGCUACGAGCAGGGCCAAGAGCUGUUCACGCAGAGCUACGCGACGCAGGAAGCCGACGGGGAGUACGACCCCAGCACGGGCGCCGAGGGACAUCCUUACCGCUUCAGCCUGACCGACGAGGCUCAGCAGGCAGGGCAGGCCGAUGCGGACAGCCACCAGCAGGAGAGACCCAAGGGCGGUUACAGCAGGCACAACCUCGGUUAUCUGUAUCCGGGUGCCGAGGCCGAGGAGGACGUCGGGAGCCCAAGGACGAGCCAAGACGCUCCCCUCAAGAUGGCCGAGGAGGACUUCCCUUACAAGUUCCACAAGGAGGACUAGAACGGGAGGAGAAGGAGAGGGGAGGCUAGAGGGGCCGGGAGAACGUGGGAGGCCGAGGGAUUAAUCACCUGAAAUUCA